AUGUGUAAACUAUCGUUGCUACCCGUCUUCGUCCUUUCGAUCGCCGUGAUCCAGGCGCGCCCAAGUCUAAAGUAUCUACCAACUGUGGCUGAGCAUGUGGAGUAUACGCCCACUGUGGUCGGACAUACCGUGCACUCACUGCCCGCCGCAGUUUCACAUCAGAGUCAAACCAUUGUGCAUGAGAAGCGUCCCUACCUGCGUCCCAUAGUGGAACAUACGCCCAUUAUUAAGACGUACACGCCCGUUGUGAAGGCGUAUUCACCUGUGAUUAAAACUUAUGCGCCCAGCACAAGCGUAGCCUGGCCGGCUGUCUCCUAUGGACCGGUGUAUCCAUCAGCUUACGCUGGUUUGUACGAUGGCUGGAGCUCGCCCAGCCUGAAGAGUGUUUAUGGCGGCUGGAGCUCCGGUUGGAAGCCAAGUACUGCUUAUGAGGAUUGGGAUGCCUGGGCACUGAAGAAAUAA